CGUAACAAACGGGUGUACACCUGUAUGUUGCCAAGUCUCUACUGGCACAUAAACUAGAAACACAUUGUAGGCUACAGCUAUGGCUAAACACAGUUUUUAAAUACAUUUAUAAUAACCGGCAUACAUUGUAUGCCGAUCAUCUAGCCUACAAUGUCGGUCCAACACCCCGACAGAGAGGACGACGUCGAAGGAAGAAGAGGAUUCUUCAUCGAACCAGAAUACGACUGGGACGAUGAGCAGGAUAAUGUAGACCACCACACACUUAUUUUACAAAAAGCUGAUGCACUGGCAUCAGAAAACCGUCUCAAAGAAGCCAUCGAUGUUUACUCGAUGGCCUUGAGAUAUGGUUCUGCAGGGCCGGAGCAGAUGAGCACUUUAGUGGAUUGUAUUCUGCGCAACUUCAAGAGAAAGCUGGGAAAGGAUGAGGCGCCUUCGGAACGAAAGCUACAUAUUUUGGAUAACGCCGGGGAGGAGGAUGUUUUUGACUGCUUGAAUUGUCACAGAUUUCUAGGCGAGCCCGUGACCAUCGGCUGUGGACAUUCGUACUGUAAAAGAUGUUUACAACAUCAGCUGCUCUCCAAAUGCAAGCUGUGUAGCGAGGUAGGAGGCAUGCCGGCGGAGCUUAAAACGAAUGUGAUUCUAUUUGGACUUUUGGAAAAGUGGUUUCCCGAGGAGCUGAAAAGGUCUAGAGCUAUUAGUGAAAUUGAAGACCUGUCUCGAAGGAAACAUUUCGAGGAGGCCGUAUCACUAGCGACAGAUAUGAUUGAAUCUGAUCCUGGGGAUGAGGCAGUGCGGUGGUCACGGGUCAAGGCCUACACCGGGCUCCAGCAGUACCGAUUGGCCCUGGAGGACGCUGAACUCUGUCUUAGCUCUGCCCACUCUGCAGAGGGUUUCUACUGGAAGGCCAAGGUCCUCCAGGACAUGGGCCAGGUGGACGACUCGCUGCAGGUUUUCCUCCACUGUCUGGCCCUGGACGAGGACUUCACCCUGGCAAAACGAGAGGUGGAAAUGAUACUGUGCGACCUGCUGUCUCCGGCCGGCGAGAAAGUGAAGGUGGGCCUGAGGGAGACGGCGCAGAGCACAUCGCCUCGCCUGCGUAGUAAAACUGUGGUGGCAGACGCCCAGGCCAGAGCCCAACAGCAUCAGGCCAAAGCCGAACACCCUGCCCUGCACCAAGUCCAGGCUCGCACUUCCUUGGCAGACCCCAGCCCCGCCGCACAACACGAGAAGCCGGGUCGCUCUGGGAGCCUGGAGCGUUCGAGCCUCGGCCGCGGUCACUCGAUGCGAGCCCACGGGCCGGGCCUGGGUCUGGGCAGCUUGGAUGAGGGUCUGAAACGUGUCUGCUCCGCACCCCAGCUGGGGGACCAGGAGAAAGGCGUGCUGCUGAAGAGGAAGCUGUCGGCCUCCGAGGGCGGACCCCACGUCGUCUACAGCCACGGGAGCAAGCACAAGAAACAAGGAGGGGCCUGUGGUGUUUCGAGCCAGGGAGCCUCAGCGCGCGCUCACAGAGUCGUACCCAGGGACCUACUGGACCCCAACGACCUGGAGUGUUCCCUCUGCAUUAGAUUGUUCUACGAACCGGUGACCACGCCGUGCGGUCACACUUUCUGUAAAAACUGCCUGGAGCGCUGUCUGGACCACACACCCCAGUGCCCCCUCUGCAAGGAGAGCCUCAAAGAGUACCUAGCAGCCAGGAAUUACACAGUCACCAGUGUGCUGGACCGAGUGAUAAAGCAGUACCUGUCUGAGGAGCAGUCGGAACGGCAGAAGACUCACCUGGAGGAGACCAAAGAGCUCGCAGACCUGACGAAGAAUGUCCCCAUCUUUGUGUGCACCAUGGCCUACCCGACCGUGCCGUGCCCCCUGCACGUCUUCGAACCGCGCUACCGCCUCAUGAUCCGCCGCUGCAUGGAGACCGGCACGCGGCAGUUUGGGAUGUGCAUCAACGACGCUCAGAAAGGAUUUGUGGAGUACGGCUGCAUGCUGAUCAUCCGGAGCGUCCACUUCCUCCCAGACGGGCGUUCCGUGGUGGACACCAUCGGAGGGAAGAGGUUCCGGGUGCUGACCCGCGGGAUAAAGGACGGGUACUGCAUCGCCGACAUCAAGUACCUGGAGGAUACCAGGGUGAGCGACGACGAGGAGCUGACACAGCUGCAGCAGCUGCACGACGUCGUUUACGAACAAGCGCGCACCUGGUUCCAGAACCUCAAGAACCGCUUCCGCAACCAGAUCCUUCAGCACUUUGGCGCCAUGCCCGAGAGAGAGCCCGACAUCCAGGCGACACCCAACGGUCCGGCUUGCUGCUGGUGGCUGCUGGCCGUGCUGCCCAUCGACCCUCGCUACCAGCUGUCGGUGCUUUCCAUGACCACGCUGCGCGAACGCCUGGUCAAGAUCCAGCACAUCCUCUCCUACCUGCAGAGCAUCCCCAACGAGUAGAAGAGUAGAGUGCCACCCGGCCACCGCUACUUCUUACAUCCUGGUUCCAACACCGUGUACCUCCAUACCACAUCUAACAACACAGACUCCCACGACUCCGUACAUCGGAUGUCGCUACUUAUUACUGCUGAGGCAUCUCCCACAAGACAUCCGUGAGACGUCAAUGAGACAUCCCACUGAGAAGACAGAGUCACACAACACUUCUACGACACCAGCAAGAUCCCAGUCACAUAAGCAGCUAGCUUUAGCAACACGACAGCUAGCUUUAGCAACACGACAGCUAGCUUUAGCAGCACGACAGCUAUCACACACCAGCUAGGUUCAUCAGCGAGAAUCCACAGACGGCUGAGAAAUCAGCCGAAUUCUAAGAAUUGGUCUUAUCUCUUGUAAUGACGCUUUCUCUCUCCGUCUCUCUCUCUCCACCCUCCAGGGGCGUUCUUGUCUCUGGUUUUUGGUAGGCUGAGAUAGAUGUCUCUCUCUUUCUCUCUCUCUGUGAUGUUGGCUACUGUCAGCUUGGUUACUAGAGAGAGAAAUUGGUGAAGGAGAUGUCUCCUUUGUCUUGUCUACUCAAGACGACCCAAGCAGCCUCUCUAUUCGGUCACUGUUGAAGGGUAGAAUGGAGGGGGCGGGUGGAUGUGUGUUUGUUUCUAUGGGUGGACGGUGCUUCUGUGCAAAUCCCAAAUGCUGAAAUUGAGUCUGUCGGAGGGGGGGGGGGGGGUGAAUUGUAGAAGGUUGGUGGUAACAUAUGGAGGGAGGGGGUACUAGAAUUGUUUGUGUGCUACAAAGCCCAACAUGUGGGAUGGUGCAGCCUUACAAUUACACUGAAAACAAAAAAGUGUGAAUCUGACUCUUCCAGUCAUUAAGCCCCUCUGUCACUUCUCUCUGUCGACUAAACGCACAACUUCCUUCACCGCUGCCACCUGGUGGUGGUGGACCCUGGUGAAAAAGAGAGCUUCCCCCCUUUUUUUAUGAAUUGUCUCCCAAAUUUUUUACUUUGACAUAAAUGUUUUGUUUUCUUCCAACACUUCAGAAAGAAAACCCUUGUGGCAGCCAUUUUGUCCAGUCUGUAGUAUAGCUACAGAUGUUGGACUGUGGUCUCGCGACGCUCCCAAGUUCUGUUCUCUUUAACAGUUUAAAAAAAUCCAGACUUCCAAUAUACAUGAAUUACUCUGAAUUUUGUUUUUGUUGUCGUUUCUCAGUGGAUACGAACCUCUUGAAUCCCGAUAGCUUAGGAAGCGUCAUUGAUUUUGCAUUGGGGAUGUUUCCCAUUCCGAGUUAUCGAUUCUUGAGAGAAACAUCAAAAGUCAUCCAUGUGACUCGAGUGAUGUAUUUCCUAUCUCUCUUCUAAGCCAAUCCUUUCAACUUCCUGUUUAAAUUCAAUGUUAACUGAAGUCAUUUUUAAGGACAGAUAUAUAAAUAUAUAUUUUGACAGUAUGUUUGUAUGUACAAAAUCACAAAAGGGGAAAGUUGCAAUAUUGUGACACAGUGAAAAGGAAAAAAAAACUAAACAAUGACCUGCAUUCAGCACUGCAAGGGUUAAAGGUCACCCUGUUGUCAAGUAAAAAGCAGUCACCUGCCUUUUGUAAAAAAUAAAUAAAAAGGACUUAUAUAGGUGAAUAUAUCCGGGGUGGUCGAUUUCAGACUAAUUUUUGCCUUAUACCAUUUUAGCGUUUUGCUUUGAAUGGCACAAUGCGACGGCUUGGUUAGCAUUCAUUUUGCCGUACUAGUAAUUGUGAUAUUUGUGUUAAUUAUUUGUCAUUUCUUUAGCCGCGUCAUGGCCGAAUCGUUCACAAUGUGUAUAAUGUAUGUCAAUUUCGGCUUUGUUUCGUUUAAACCAUUUUGUUUUUGGACAGAUCAUGCUUUCUCUCGAAUGUUUAAAUUAUCAAUUUUCAAUAAUAAAUGAACUUUUUUUUCAA